UUUGAUUCUAAUUAUAAUUAUGAACGUAUAAUUCGUUAGUAAGUCAAUAGUUAGUGAACUUCAUUUGUUCUCUUAAAAAAUUGAAAAGCCAAGAAAAUAGAACGAACAUUUCUCAUCUAGACUAACAAUGUUAAAGCAUUUAUUGCACACAGUGCUUAAAAUACGAUUAAAUAAUGCAAAUAUAUUUAAAAGUAAGCAAAUAACUACAAUGGUGACAAAACUUGAGUGUUUUCCCGCCGAAGAUGCUGACCAUUGGUCUAUCUAAAAAUUAGUUCGAUCUGUUUAUCGUAAAAUUUUGCGAUAAAUAUAUUUCUAUAUAAAUACUAGAUGACUUUCCCUCACACAGUAUGAAUCAGUACUAGCUAUAAUAUCUGAAUAAUGACUAUAAUUCGUAUCACUGGAUGAUUUCACUAGGAAAGAUCUGUUCAACAACUUAUUAGAAUUUCCUUUACCACGUAGUGGCAAGCCUGGAAAUUGUUUCCAUAAAUUCAAUGACUUAAAUUUUGAGGAUUACUUUGUUUAUGAAGCGUCCUUGGUAGCAUUUUAUUGAGUUUGGCAAUGUCAACACGUGCACGUUUUACUGAAAGAAUGGACAACAAUCGACGAAGUUAUGGAAACUCCUCUUAUUCUUCCACAAAUUAUAAUCGCGAGUCAAGAUCCAAUGACAGAGGUGGAUAUCGUAGAAGCACUUAUUCCAGAAGGGGUCAGAAUCAGUCAUUCUGCUCUUCUGAUCAUGAAAAUUUUGACAACAAGUCUGACAAAUUUAUUGUCAAUAUUGACAGUGACAAAGUAGGAAAACUCAUUGGUAAAAGUGGAUCUAAUAUCAGAGACCUCCAAGAUAAAACAAACACAAGAAUUCACGUUGAUAGGUCAAGUGGAAACUAUACUACUGCUGUAACUAUAAUUGGUUCAAAAGAAGGACAAGAACAAGCUAAACAACUGAUAGAAGAAUUAUUACAAGAUUCCUCCUAUUCAUCAUCAAAACCAGAAGAGGAGCAGGAUAAGCGUGAUAAUGAACCACAAAUUGAUUUUAGCACAUUCAAUUGGUCUGAAGCUAAUCAACAAUGUGAUACCUUCCGAAAAGAGAAAUGGUCAAAAUAUGCUCCUAUCAUUAAAAACUUUUAUAAAGAGCAUCCAUCGGUUACUAAUAUGACAAAAGAAGAAGCUGCUCGUAUCAGGAAAUCGAAUAACAAUAUAGAAGUUAGGUAUAUGUUUGAGGGCCAGAAGAGUCAGUCAGAAGAAAUUGAUAUACCCAAUCCUAUUGAAACAUUUGAACAAGCAUUUGAGGAUUAUCCUGAUAUACUUGAAGAAAUAAGAAAGCAGGGAUUUGCUAAACCCAGUCCAAUACAGUGUCAGGCAUGGCCUGUUCUUCUCAGUGGUAAAGAUCUUAUUGGAAUUGCCCAAACCGGCACAGGAAAAACGUUGGCAUUCUUGUUGCCUGCUUUGAUUCACAUCGAGGGUCAAUCAACACCUCGAUCAGAACGGGGUGGUCCCAAUGUACUCGUUAUGGCUCCAACAAGAGAGUUGGCGUUACAAAUUGAAAAAGAAGUGAACAAAUAUUCUUAUCACGGUAUAAAAGCGGUAUGCGUAUACGGAGGUGGUAGUCGUAAGAACCAAGUCAACCUCGUACUUAAAGGAGUAGAGAUAGUUAUCGCUACUCCUGGCAGACUAAACGAUCUGGUCGAGGCAAAUAUUUUAAAUGUAACAUCGGUUACAUAUCUCGUGUUGGAUGAAGCUGAUCGUAUGCUUGACAUGGGCUUUGAGCCGCAAAUUAGGAAGACUUUGCUAGAUGUGAGACCAGAUAGACAGACAGUGAUGACAAGUGCUACGUGGCCCCAGGGUGUUAGACGUCUAGCUCAAUCGUAUAUGAAUAAUCCAAUUCAAAUAUUUGUUGGGUCUCUUGAUUUAGCUAUCGUGCAUACGGUAGCGCAAAAAAUUUACCUUAUUGACGAGGACGAAAAAACAGACAUGAUGUAUCAAUUCUUUCGCGAAAUGACUCCUACCGAUAAGGUAAUAGUAUUCUUUGGAAAAAAAUCGAAAGUCGAUGAUAUAGCGAGUGACUUAGCCUUGCAAGGUAUGUGCUGUCAGAGUAUACACGGAGGACGAGAACAGUCUGAUAGAGAACAGGCGUUAGAAGAUUUGAAAACUGGAGAAGUUCAAGUACUUCUCGCAACAGACGUUGCCAGCCGAGGAAUCGAUAUCGAAGAUGUUACGCAUGUGUUAAAUUAUGACUUUCCGCGAGAUAUAGAAGAGUACGUUCAUCGAGUUGGUCGUACUGGACGUGCUGGACGCACCGGAGAAAGCAUAGCGUUUAUGACAAGGAAAGAUUGGUCUUUAGCGAGAGAAUUAAUUAAUCUUUUAGAAGAAGCUAAUCAAGCAGUACCUGAGGAAUUAUAUCAAAUGGCUGAUAGAUAUGAAGCAUGGAAAGAGAAACGAGCUAAUGAAAAACAAUCAGAACGAUUGGACAGAGGCAAUUACUCUCAGAGAAGAGGUAAUAGGAGAUGGUAAUUAACAGAAAAAUUCUGGUAUUGAUUACCAUAAACGUAUAAACUUAUUAAUAUUUUAAGUUAGUUGAAUGCGAAGAAUCGCAGGAGAAUAUUUUAUUUAAUAUGUUUUUUAUACAUAUUUUUUGCAGUUCCUUGUCUCUGAAGUAUUAAUUAAAUAAAAACAGUAUAUAGAUAAACAAA